ACUAACAACUUGAAAGAUGGCACAUGAAUACAAGCGAAUUGUUUUGCUGAAAGGAUUAGAGCACAUCAGUGAUCAUUAUUUUGACUUAUUUAAGUCAGUAAUGGCCAGUGAUUUAAGACUGGAGAAAAACAUGAGAGGGAAAUAUAACAGGGUUAAGAUUGCUGACAUGAUGGAAUAUGAAUUCCCAACUGAUGCUGGAUUGGGCAAACUGAUUGAGUUUUGUGAAGAGGUACACACUCUUAAAAGACUUGCUGAAACCCUUAAAGAAGAGAAAUCAAAAGUAAAAGGAAAAUCUCCACUGAGAAAAAGGAAGCAAGAAGCAGGCUCUGAUACACCCACAUCGACUACCAGCAACACCUUAGCAUCUGAUGGAGGGGAGACUUCCACAGCUCAGAAAAGAAAAAGUAUUAAUAGAGAAAAAACUGGAGUGAAAAAGACCAAGCAGUCUGUGGAACCAGAUCACCCUCCCUGUCCUGAGGAAGCCACAGCCAGAUGCCAGUCCCCAGAGCUGCAGACCUCAUCUUUGGCUCCAUCUAACACUUCUUUGGCUAAGACCCAAACUCAGAGCAUUACCAGAGGUGCUCUUCUCCAAAAGGAUGCCAUGACAGUGAUGGUACUCAAUGCAAUAGACCCAUUUGAAUAUGAGUCAUCAGAACAAGAAGUAAAAAAAAUGUUUCAUGCCACAGUGGCCACUGUGAAUGAGUAUUUCCAUGUGAAAGUUUUCAACAUCAACCUGAAAGAGAAGUUCAAAAAGGAGAAUGUCAUCAUAAUCUCCGAUUACUUCAAGUUCAAAGGAAUCCUAGAGAUAAAUGAGGCUUCCUCUGUGUUUGAAGCUGGUCCUGACCAGAAGAUUGAAGUCUCCAACAGUCUUAUCAGAGAAGCAAAUAAACCUCCCAGGUUUUCUGAUUUUCACAAGUAUGGCCCUGGAGCAGUGGUUUAUGGGUUGUUUACAUUACAUAAGAAAAAAGUGAACCCAAAGACCACAAUCUAUGAAAUACAGGAUGAUUAUGCAAAUAGCAUAGAAGUUGUAGGGCAUGGAAAAUGGUACAACAUCAUCUGUAAGGAAGGAGAUAAAUUUCGACUCUUCUGCUUCCAACUGAAAACAAUUGGCAAGCAACUGAAGUUGGUGUGUGGUGAUCACAGUUUCAUUAAGGUCACCAGAGUUGGGAAAAUAAAGAACACCCAUUGUGCAUUCAAGGCCAAAAGAUGAAGAAAAAGAUGGCGACCCACAAGGUCAAUCCACUGCUUUUAACAGUGGAGCUUUUAAAGUAGAGACACCAAGCAUUUGGGAAUAAACAACGGCUUUAGUAGUACAUCCAAGCAUUAAAAGUUUUAUUUUCUGAUUUGUGAUUAUGUAUUUUCAUUUUCAAAAUUUCUUAUUGUUCUCUUUUUCUGUGAAAAUAACACUUGAAUUUAAUUUCUCUAGUGUAAAAAUAAUAAAAUUUCUUUUUAAAAGAA